AUGCGAUGCGCGAGCAAGGCCGCCGAGAGCGCGUCCGCACGUCUCUGUGCGGACGCCGAAGCAGAAACCACAGCAACUGAUGUCUCAUCGGUUGCUGAAGCGACUCAGCCUGUGUCACUUGGUGAUGCAGGCGCUGGUCAUGAAGACACUCAUGUCUUCACAGAGUAUGAGCUCGGUGUCUCAUACUCUCCUGAUGCGGAAGACGGAUCCGUAUCGACGGCGAUCGAAUCCAAGCCGCCUGCUAAGCGUGGCAUGGAUGAUGCUAUGCGUCGUAGCAUCUUUGGUUCAUCUGAUGAAUCAGAUGAACCAUCGCCGAAGCGAAGGCGCUCGAGGUCGCGAGACUCGGGCGCUAAAAACCGCAGUGUCUUGCGUCUCGCUCCCGAGAAGAAGGCAUGGAUGCCUCCUAAAUCUGUCAUGGAUCACUUGUCGGCGACGACGAGUGAUCGUUAUCGAACACGUUGUUCGAUUCGUCAAGGAUCCAUCACCUUGACCCCAGCGCGAAAAACUAUCGCGCUGAAACAAGAUAGCGCUGGCCACCGCGAGAGUCCUCUAAUGGAGGUGGAGGAGGAGGAAAGACGCUCUCCACACGAUCGUGGGGAUCCGUGUGUUCCCGAGAGCUUCUUUGAUCGCGUAACGCAAGGGUUACGCGGUGAUCUCAAACAUGAGCGGGACAGGCGCCUCCAAAUGGCGGACACUGUCUUGAAGCAUCGAGCUGAGUUUGCCUUUGCUCAGCUUGAGAACGAGAGAGCUCUGACAUCUCUUCGUGACGAGCUAAGGGUAGCUCGUGGGAUUGUUGAUCGGUCUCGGGAUGAGAUAACUGCUCUUCAGACCCUUGUCGAUGCCCACCAUCGGGAGCACAAGGCUCUCUGCGAGAUGCUUGAGCGCAAGGGUGUUCUUCAUCGGAAGAAGCAGUGUACUGAUGGUACGGCUUAA